AUGAUCCAACAAGCUCCUCAGAGGAGUCUUCCUCCUCACUUCAGAUUCGUCGUGCCUCCUGCUUACAAGGCUCCACCACCGCCGGCAGAGGCGGCUACACCGGCUCCACUGCCAGAAGAGGUGGCUAAACAAGCUCCACCGCCACCGGUGGUAGCUUUGCCAGCUCAACCGUCGUCGCCACCGUCAGCUGAGCCACUAUUGCGCCAUCACCACUCCCGCAACCACCUUUAUAGCUGUUUCAAACAGUCCACCCACCCAAAAACAAAAGAACCCUACAAAACCCUCUUUGCAAAUCUUGCCAAAGAAAAAAAAACCAGCAAAAUAACAGAUUUUUGUUUGGUUGAAAGGAAAUCAAGAUCAGAUGUCGUUGACAAUCUCCAAUGUUCUUCACUGCCCAAAACCCAGAAUUUGGCAGCCAAAUUCUAUCCAAAACUCUUCAGUCUCCAAGCUAUCAUCUUCCUAUCUCAGGUUUCCUCAGAGAUUUCUUUCCCGAAGAAUAAAAUCGUGAUACGUGCCGCUUCAUCUGCAGCGGGAAGUUCUAAUCCCGACAGUGACUUGAACCCGUAUGAGAUCCUUGGUGUGAGCCCUAUCGAGGGAUUUGAAAAGGUCAAGCAAGUAUAUACAAGAAAACGCAAAGAGGCUGACAAGAGAGGCGACGAAGCUACUGCUGCACUUCUCGAAAAAGCAUAUGACAAACUCAUGAUGGCACAAUUAGUGAAUCGGAAGAAGGGUGUAACAUACGGUUUGUUUAAAGUUUCGAAGGAUGUUAAAUACGCUGAUAAGCAGCCGAUCAUACCAUGGGGGCCAAGGUUUGCAAAGUCUAGUGUUCAAGAUAUGCGCAUCAACUUGGCAAUUUCCGCUGUAUUUACAGCUUGGAUUUUGAUCAUGCGCAACGUCGAAUAUAAACCAUUGCAGUUUUUGGCUUUUGCAUUCGUGUAUCGAAUUUUUGAGAAGCUGAAAGUCUUCGAACCACCUGUGUCACCGACGUUUACAGAAGAAGGUGAAGAUGAUGGGCGGGGCAUCCGAAUGGGAAAAAGACUUCUCCGUUCUCUUGCGCUAGUUUUCGGUUCUAUUGCUUUGGCCUCUCUGGCAUACACAGGCCUUCUGAAUUUGAUCGAGUACAUCGGCGGGUAUAUACCCAUUUUUCUCUACAAUAACCAGGAACUCAUAGUGACCACCGCAUCAGCAGUUUCGCUAUACAUCAUGGCUUCAUACUACAGGUGACGAGUCUAAUCAAGUUCGGGUUGAGUUCGGAUCGAGGAACCGUUUAGCAGUUCAUAGUUUAGGAGCUUGUUUCAUACCGUCAAACUUUAGCUCUCCAAUUUUGUCAAAUAAGUUG